AUGAUCGUUCUUCUCUUCCGUUGGAGGAGAAUUUAUGUUGAUGCGGUUAAUUCCCUGGGCCAGACUGCACUUUUUGUUGCAGCAUUAUUAGGCCUUACGAAAUUAGUUGAUGUUCUGGUGGAUUAUGGAUCAGAUCCAAAUCACCGCUGCUUUGAUGGAAGCACUCCUGUUCAUGCAGCAGCAUUUUCAGGCAAUCAGUGGAUUCUCAGCAAACUGCUGGAUGCAGGGGGUGACCUUCGACUGCAUGACGAGAGGGGUCGAAACCCGCAGACCUGGGCCCUGACAGCAGGGAAGGAACGCAGCACUGCGAUGGUGGAGUUCAUGCAACGCUGUGCCUCACACAUGCAGGCCAUCAUACAGGGUUUCUCAUAUGACCUCCUGAAGAAGAUUGAUUCCCCUCAGCGGCUCAUCUGCAGCCUACCCCGGUUUGGUGGUCUCAUACAGGGAAACCCUAAUGGCUCUCCUAACCGACUGCUUAAAGCUGGAGUCAUUUCUGCACAAAAUAUCUACAGCUUUGGCUUUGGGAAGUUUUAUCUGACAGGGGGAGCGCAGCUGGCCUAUCUAGGAUCUCUCCCAGUAAUUGGAGAAAAGGAAGUGAUUCAAGCUGAUGAUGAGCCUACUUUCUCUUUCUUCAGUGGCCCCUACAUGGUCAUGACCAACCUGGUGUGGAACGGGAGCAGGGUCACAGUGAAGGAGCUGAAUCUCCCCACCCACCCUCACUGCAGCAGGCUUAGGCUGGCUGAUUUGUUAAUUGCAGAGCAGGAGCACAGCAGCAAGCUGCGGCACCCUCACCUGCUGCAGCUGAUGGCUGUGUGCCUAUCCCAGGACCUAGAGAAGACCCGUCUUGUGUAUGAGCGCAUCACUGUUGGUACACUGUUCAGUGUCCUCCACGAACGGCGGUCCCAGUUUCCCGUGCUGCACAUGGAGGUGAUUGUGCACCUGCUGCUCCAGAUCUCUGAUGCCCUGAGAUACUUGCACUCCCGAGGCUUCAUCCACCGCUCCCUCAGCUCCUACGCCAUCCACAUCGUCUCCACGGGGGAAGCAAGGCUAACCAACCUGGAGUACAUGAUGGAAAGCCAGGAUGGACGUAUACACAGGGACCUGACUCGAGUGCCCCUCCCAAUCCAGCUGUACAACUGGGCUGCCCCAGAGGUGAUCUUACAGAAGGCAACCACAGCGAAGUCAGACAUUUACAGCUUUUCUAUGAUCAUACAGGAGAUUUUAACAGAUAACAUACCCUGGAAUGGCUUAGAUGGCUCAGUUAUUAAAGAAGCCAUAGUCUUGGGAAAAUAUUUAGAAGCCGAUGUCAGGCUUCCAAAACCUUACUAUGAUAUCGUUAAGUCAGGCAUCCAGGUCAAGCAGAAAGACCGAACUAUGAACCUUCAAGAUAUCCGGUACAUUCUGAAGAAUGACUUAAAGGAUUUUCUUGGAACACAAAGAACUCAGCCAACUGAGAGCCCCAAAGUGCAGAGAUACGAACUCCAUCCUGAUGUCAAUGUCUAUCUAGGACUGACAUCAGAACAUCUGAAAGAGACCCCUCACUUGGAAAUAAAAGAGCUGAAGGAAAUGGGCAGUCGGCUUCAGUCACCCAGGGGUCCCUCUUCUCCCACUGGGAAAGCAGCACCAGAUCCUCGGGUCCUAGGUCCAAGUAUGGUGGCUAACGAGACUCAGAACCAAGACACUGCUUCUCCUGCCUGCUCUGUGGUGGAAGAGGCUAGGAGCCCCAGCCCAGGGCAGACAAGCCUCUGUAGCUUCGAAAUCAAUGAAAUCUACUCAGGCUGCCUGGACAGGGGGAAUGACAAAGAGGAGGAACCCCCAGGAGCUGGUUCAUCUUUUGAGGAGGCUGGACCAAGCCAGGCAGAUGAACUGAAGUCCAUGGAAGAAGAGUUGGAAAAGAUGGAGAGAGAGGCAUGCUGCUUCUGUGAUGAGGAUGAGAGCUCUUCAGAAGCUGGCACAGAGCUCUCCUUUGAGGACUGGGAUUGGCAAAAUGAUUCCCUUAGUUCACCCAGCCUGCUUGAGGCAGCCACGGGCAGUGUGGGUAAUAGGCGCUUGACUGAGGAGUACAUCAGUAAGUGUGUGCUGAACCUAAAGAUUUCACAAACAGUAAUGCAUCAGAAUGCCCAUUUGCUCAGGAAUAUCCAACAGAAAAUUGAUAAGCUUGAGAUGAUACAGAAGGAGCAGGAGGAGUGCAGGUCUUUGUGGGCUUCUUCAAGAGAAUUUGCAAACAUCUAUGACUUUCCUUCAGCUGUGGGCCCCCCAGCGUCCAGCUAUGUACCUCCUGUCAUGCAGCUGUCAGGAGGCCAGUGGCUGGACACCAGUGGCAAUUGCCUAACACUGACAAGACCUUCUAUAGUGAGAGACUUCCAAGGGGGACAUUUUGGCAAAAAGUCCAGGAAAAAAAGUGACUGUGGCUGGAAACCUGUCACCCAAGUCUCUGAAGAAAGCACUGGGGAUCAGUCAGAGAAGAGCCAUCAGCUGCCAACUUUUUGUGGACCUGGAAAAGAGAGCCCUUGUGAACAAUCACAGCCCACUCAAGGAGCCAAGCACAGUUUGGAAAGAAACAGGAGCCCAAAUACCAGCAGCCAUGGAAGGCCUAAAGAGUCCAGUGCCCGAACCAGGCUGACUCAGUUUAAUAGCGCACUUGUCACUGUGUCAAGCCACCCCAAGGGACCUCUCCUGUUGGCUAGCCCUGACCAGGGCUCUAUGAGGAUGAGUCUGGAAUCUAUAUCUUCUGAAAUCUGUAAUGUGAGGUUAAGAAAUAAUGAAGAUGAUGGAGAUGUACACUUAAAAUGGAAAAUGGAGGUGAAAGAAAUGGCAGAGAGAGCAGCUACUGGGCAGCUGAUGGUACCACCGUGGCAUCCUCAGAGUAGUAUGACUCUAGAGGGUGAGGCUAAAAAUGAGCCUGAUUCCCUGCUACAGCUCCUGAUGAGGGACCCUGAGAAAUUGGGCUGGCAGUGCACUGUAGAGUAUCCCAGGAAAAAUGAUGAGCCAGGAGGAAAUUGCAAAUGUGACAAAAUGGACAACGGUGACUGUGACAGUGAUCAGCAUGGCAGAAAGCCUGGACCUCAAAGCUUCAUCAGUAACAGGCACCUGUCUCUCAGAAAAAAUGAGCAGCCAGAGCAUAGUGAAGUCUUUCAAGCAAGUUCUGAUGCGUCUGUGGUCAUUGAGAAAUCUUACAGCGAUCAGUCCAUGCGAUCAACUUGUUCACCAGAGUCUUCUGAGGACAUAACAGAUGAAUUUUUAACUCCAGAGCAUGAAUAUUUUUAUUCCUCGACUGCUCAAGAAAACUUAGCUCUAGAGACCUCCAGUCCCAUAGAAGAGGACUUUGAAGGAAUACAAGAUGUAUUUGCCCAACCUCCAGGCUCUGGUGAAGAAAAUUUCCAAAUGAGAAAAAGCCUUGAAAGGAAUGCUGAGAUUUUGACUAGGUCUCAAUUCCAACCUAUACAAAGUACUGAAGGUGAACAAGAGGAGACAUUAAAGGAAUCACCAAAGGAGCUGAAAGACAAAGACAUAUCACUGACAGACAUUCAAGACCUGUCUAGUAUCUCCUGUGAACAAGAUAGUUCUUUUAAGAAAGUCUCAUGUAAAACACCCAAAGUAAACCAUGCACCUACCAGUGUCAGCACUCCGCUCAGCCCAGGGUCAAGUUCUUCACCUGCCAGUGGGUAUAAAGACUGCCUUGAAAAUAUCACAUUUCAGAUUAAAACAGGGUCUACCUCAUGCUGGAACAGUCAGGAAUCUGUUCAAACUUCGUCUGAUAGAUUUACAACUGUUCGAGAGAAAGCAAAGAGCCUAGACUCCUUUCUUACUUCCUCUGAAACUAUCCCUUCAAAAUUGACCAGUCUUAAAAGAUUGUCUGCAUUUACUGGGGCCAGUUCCUCCAGCGUUGCUAAGUUACCUGACUCAUCAUCCCAUGCCACCCAGAGGAGCUUGCCCAAAGCACUAGUAGAAGCCAUUUCACAGCGUCACAUUGAUGAGCUACCACCACCAUCUCAGGAGCUGCUUGACGAGAUUGAGCACUUGAAGCAGCAGCAGGCCACAUCCACAAUGUUGGGGGAGAACACAGCAAGUCAUCUGGGCAUCACUGCAAAUGAUGAAAGGCAUUUAGAAGACCAAGAAGCUAACAGUAAAAAAGAAGAUAGUAGUAUGCUUUGGACCAGAGAAACUCAGGAUCUAGGAGAGGACACAGAAAGGGAGGCAAAUAUCAAGGAUCAAGAAGCUGGUGAAAAGAAGAGAAAAGGGGAAGAAAAGAUCAAAUCAGAGAGAAGGAAGUCAGACAGCUUUUUAGGAACUUCUGAAGAAGAGGAACUAAAACCCUGUUUUUGGAAGCGACUGGGUUGGUCUGAACCAUCCAGGAUAAUCGUGCUGGAUCAGAAUGACUUGUCAGAUUGAUGGGAAUUGGAUCACAGGUGGACUCCUGGCCAGAGUUUGAGCAUCCUGCUUGUGAGCUCCGGUCUCUCCUCAUCUACUUCAGUCACCAUCAGGGCAGUGAUUCUGUAGCUCAUGCUUUGUUCAGCUGCCACAAUAGACAGAACCACUGGUCCUGUUUGUAGCACAUUUAACAAUUUGUUUUUAGUUCAGAUUUCUGAAAAGUGAAAGGUAGCUUUUGUUGUAAACUUUCUCAAUGUUUCCAGAAUGGCUUUUGGUUUUGUUGAUUCAGAUUUUUGAAAACUUUAACUCUUGUUAUAUAAUAAAAUGUUUACUUUUAAUACCA